AUGAGCUCCUGCAAUUUCACACAUGCCACCUUCGUGCUUAUUGGUAUCCCAGGACUGGAAGAAGCUCAAUUUUGGUUUGGCUUCCCACUGCUUUCCAUGUAUGCUGUGGCAUUGUUUGGAAACUGCAUCGUCGUGUUCAUCGUAAGGACAGAGCGAAGCUUGCAUGCACCCAUGUACCUCUUUCUCUGCAUGCUGGCAGCUAUUGAUCUGGCUUUGUCCACAUCCACCAUGCCCAAGAUCCUCGCCCUCUUUUGGUUUGAUUCCCGGGAGAUUACUUUUGAUGCCUGUCUUGCCCAGAUGUUCUUCAUUCAUGCUCUCUCGGCAGUUGAAUCUACCAUCCUGCUGGCCAUGGCCUUUGACCGUUAUGUGGCCAUCUGCCACCCACUGCGUCAUGCUGCUGUGCUCAACAAUACAGUGACAGCCCAAAUCGGCAUGGUGGCUCUGGUCCGGGGAUCCCUAUUCUUUUUCCCACUCCCACUACUGAUCAAGCGGCUGGCCUUCUGUCACUCCAAUGUGCUCUCCCAUUCCUAUUGUGUCCAUCAGGAUGUGAUGAAGUUGGCCUAUACAGACACAUUGCCCAAUGUAGUCUAUGGCCUAACUGCCAUUCUGCUCGUCAUGGGUGUAGAUGUCAUGUUCAUCUCCUUGUCCUAUUUUCUGAUUAUACGAACAGUUCUGCAACUGCCUUCCAAGUCAGAGCGAGCUAAGGCAUUUGGAACCUGUGUGUCACACAUUGGUGUGGUUCUGGCUUUCUAUGUACCACUCAUUGGCUUAUCAGUGGUACACCGUUUUGGAAACAGCCUAGACCCUAUUGUGCAUGUUCUCAUGGGGGAUGUCUACCUUCUGCUGCCCCCGGUGAUCAAUCCCAUCAUCUAUGGUGCUAAGACAAAGCAGAUCAGAACACGGGUGCUGGCUAUGCUCAAGAUCAGCUGUGACAAGGACAUUGAAGCUGGAGGAAACACGUGA